GAUGACCAAAUGAUGCACUUAAGCACUAUCGCGGUAUUGCUGGUUUUUGCGUGCAUCUCCAACCAGAUACUUAAGACAGAAUGCCAAAGGCAAAAGGAGAGAGGAGGCAGAAGAGAAGAGCAGCAAAGAUUACCGGUUCCGUCAUCGGACAGAAAUGAUAGAGGUUCCAAAUCAGCCGGCGGAAAAGGAAUGUUCAAGGGCAGGUUCUCUGCCAAGGAUAAGGCUCAGUGCACCUGGGUGGCGACAGGUGAGGACGACUUCGUGCUUGGUGUCACCUGCAAGAAAGGAGGGAAAAGUUUCGACUGCGCAUAUGUCGCCAGACCCACCAGCUGUCCUCAGUACGACUCCAACACCAAACAAUACUGGAAACAAAUCGCCCGUUCGCUGAAAAAGCAGAGGAAACUGUGCUAUGACCAGAAGUCGCUAGUCAAGGCGGGUAUGUGUAGAAAAGCACCGGAGGAAUCACAUUUUAGACUCAGCCAAACGCCCAAGGAGACGGCCAAACCUACACCCCCUCCAUCGAGGGAUAAUGAACUGUGUCCAGACCAAAUUGAUAAAAAGACAUUCGCUGACGAGUAUUGUAAUCAUUCAUGGACUUCUUUGUGUAACUUCCUUUUCACCAUGAUUCAAAACGAGGAUUGUUGA